AUGGUCACUGGAAUGCUGACCUUGCCACUGCAAGACAGCUGGAAGACGGACAAGACCGAUGGCAGUGGUAGUGGACAGAUGCCUCAACGCUCCAGCCUCUCCAGGCUCUUCGGAGGUUCUCCGGUGGGCCGCCGCCCCCAGUGCGGGUGUGGUGCUGGUAUCCUUUCGAUUGGCGAGUGGUUUCGCUCCUUGUGCGAGCCAGCUGUGCCCGCAGAGGAGCCAGGGCACGCCCGGCUGCAGCGGAUUCAUGAGGAACGGGCUCGUGAGCAAGCCGCAGAGAAGGCCCGACUGGAGGCCUUGAGGAAAGAGAACGAGCAGAAGGCGGAGGAGUGGCAAAGAGAGCUUCAAGACAUUGAGAAGAGACGUGCACAGCUGGAGGGUGAAGACUUGGAGAAGGACUGCCUCUCCUACUUUGCCACGGCCGACCUCCUCUUGUCGCGGCGAGAGGCCGCGGAGGAGGCGGUGGCGGAGGAGGAGACUCCCAUACCUGACACUCCUCAGAUGGCACAAGUGGAGGAGGCACCGGCCAAGAAGUCUUUGAUCCCAGAGAUCUUCCUCUCUUGGCUCCAAGAGCGUCUCUCGUGCACUCUGGAUGGUCAGGAGACCUCCUUUGGGCAUUUGCCGGACGAGCACUGCGAGACCCUUGUGGAGUCCUUUCUGGAAGCACUCAAAGACUCUCGACGCUUCUGCCAGGAGACGGCUCAGUCCUUCGAGCCACCCAAGGAAGAUGAUGCGGAAGAAAGUCUCAGCGAUCAACUAGAAAAGCUCCUUGCGAAGUACGAGGAUACGGAGACCAUGCAAGACACAAGUACUCAAUCCACUGGUGUCAAUGAGAUACCUCCAGAUCUCACUGGUGAGCUGGCAGCGCUACAAGAGCACUGCUCCGCGUGCGAUGCCUUGGAGGAGAAAGUGUCGUCCUUGGUCCCGUGCCUCCAUGGCGACUAUCCAACGACCCGUUUGGUCGUUGCUCUGGCGGCCAUGGAGAUGGGCCAAGACUUAGCGCGACAUGGGGAACUGCCUGGACCCUUUCAGAGUCUGUCGAGUGCCGAUGUCUGCUGGGGGCUGGUCUCCGAAAAGCGUCGCUUAGUCUUGGAGACCCUUCUGGGCAGCGGCCCCGUGUCCUGGCCGGAGCUCCGGUGCUCGAACGUGGCCUAUUGGCUGGGCACGCGGCAAGCGCAGAGCCUGGAGCUGGUGGAGUUCCUCCUUACGCGGCUGGUACAGUCCUCCUUGGCGAAGCUUCGGAGCAACACCCAGGGUGGCUCCCUGGAGAUGUCUGAUGCCCAGGCCGAAGCUCGGAGCAACUCGCGGCGGCAGAACAUCGACGAGGCGGUUUUUUGGUCCGUGGUCUUGGGCUCCAACGUGACGAAGCUCAGGGCCUUGCUCAGAACAGGACUUCUGCGCGAAUCGCAGACGGGCGGCUUGGCCGUGCUGCUGCAGCAUGAGCGUGUGGGAGAGCCGGAUUUUUUACGGAAGAACGCCUUUCGCCUCUUAGAGCUUCAUCGCUUUCACCUCAGUGCCGCCCUCUUCUUGCUGAGCGGCGCACCCGAGGAAGCAGCUUUGGUCCUGUCAAACCAUCUCAAAGACCUACAGCUGGUCAUUAUCGUUACGCGGAGGCAUCAAGAUGUUUGUGCUGGGAUCCUCAAGAAUGUCCUGACCGAGCAGGAGAGCGCUGAUCCUUGGCUCCGCUUUUUGAUGGCGUAUCAUGCUGGUGACCUUGAGCUUUGCCGACGUCUGGCCGAUGGCACCGAACGCAGCAGUGCGCCGUUUCCAUCUGUCGAGCAAGAGCUGUUCGACCACUCCUUGCGCCCCACACCGGGGGAUGCCAAUGGGCUGGCCAGAGUUGCAGAUCAACUCUUGCACUGA